UAUUGGUCCAAACUUCAGCUUGGAGAACAGCCCUGGAAUCCGGAAACUUCGGAAGCAGUGCGGCUGUAGCUGGGAACCUUAUUAGAGCUAGAAGAAUUGGACAGCACCCGAGAGGCACCCAGGAGCCAGUGCGGAUCACCCAGCAUUAGUCGGGAAAGGACGCGGAGAACCCCGGGUUAGUUUUUCCAGGCUUUGGCUUCUAAGUCCUCUAUCACAUUAGGAUUAAGGAAGAACUAUCAUGGAACCGUCUGUGGUCAUUGCUCUUGGCCUGGUGCUCUGUAUCUCCUGCCUGCUUCUCUUUUCAGCAUGGAGAAAGAGUCAUGGAAAAGGACAGCUUCCUCCUGGUCCUACUCCCUUUCCAGUGAUUGGAAAUAUGCUGCAGUUAGACACUAAGAAUAUCAACAACUCCUUUGCCCCACUGGCAAAAACCUAUGGUCCAGUGUUUACUCUAUACUUUGGUCCUGAGCCUGUUGUUGUGUUACAUGGGUACAAGGCAGUGAAAGAAGCUCUGAUUGAUCAUGGAGAAGAUUUUGCUGCCAGAGGAAGUUUCCCAAUUAUUGAUGAUUUUAACAAAGGAUUGGGAAUAGUUUUCAGCAGUGGAGAGAGGUGGAAGCAAAUGCGGCGUUUCUCCCUCACAACCCUAAGGAAUUUGGGAAUGGGCAAGAGGAGCAUUGAGGAGCGAGUCCAAGAAGAAGCAAAGUGCCUUGUGGAGGAAUUAAAAAAAAACAAAUGCUUCUCUCAUUCUUUAGGACAGCCCUAUGAUCCCAAGUUCCUUCUGGAGUGUGCUCCCUGCAAUAUCAUCUGCUCUGUCAUUUUCCAGAAACGUUUUGAAUACCAUGACCAGAAAAUUCUACAUUUAUUAGAGAUUUUUGAUGAAAACACUGAAAUCUUGAACUCUACAUGGAUACAGGUCUACAAUUUAUUUCCAUCUAUAGCACGUCAUCUCCCAGGAUCUCAUAGGAAAUUUUUAAAAAACUGUCAAAUGCUGCGUGAUUUUAUCUUAGAGAGAGUGGAGGAACACCAGGAGACCCUGGACCCUGACAAUCCUCGAGACUUUAUUGACUACUUCCUGAUAAAAAUGGAGCAGGAAAAGCAAAACCCACAGUCUGAAUUUACCAUGGAGAACUUGGCUAUGAUGGUAUCUGACCUAUUUAUUGCAGGAUCAGAUACAACCAGUACCACUCUAAGAUAUGGACUUCUGUAUCUGCUGAAACAUCCUGAAAUAACAGAUAAAAUUCAUGAAGAAAUUGACCGUGUGAUUGGCCCAAACAAAAAUCCCUGCAUGAAGGACAGAAACAGCAUGCCUUACACCGAUGCUGUGGUACAUGAGAUACAGAGACACAUUGAUUUAAUUCCCUCCAACGUGCCCCAUGCAGCAAAACAAGACACUCAAUUCAGACAGUAUGUCAUCCCCAAGGGCACCACUGUUUUAACAUCAUUGACUUCUGUUCUGUAUGAUGAGAAAGCGUUCCCCAAUGCAAACCAGUUUGAUCCAGGUCACUUCCUGGAUGAAAGUGGCAACUUUAAGAAGAGUGACUAUUUCAUGCCUUUUUCAAUAGGAAAACGGUCAUGUGCUGGCGAGGGCCUGGCUCGGAUGGAGUUAUUUCUGGUUUUUACCACCAUCUUACAGAAUUUCACCUUGAAGCCUCUCAUUGACCCAAAAGAUAUUGACACCACCCCAAUUUCCAGUGGAUUUGGCUCUGUACCUCCUCCUUAUAAACUCCAUUUUCUACCUUCUCUGUGAAGUAGGUGAUGGUUUGGCUUCAACUACUCUAGUCUAGGCAUAUUUGCCGAACCCCAGAGGGGCUAGUAAUGGAGUAAUGGAAGAGGUACAAAGUUUGAUAUAGGGGACAACUUGUCAAAAAAUAAAGCUAUCCAGUGGUAUAACCUUUCUGGGACAGUUUAGUGGCCUUCACCAAAGGUUUUUAAGUGAGGAUUGGCUUUUGUAGAGGAUUUAAAAAUUUUGUUUUCUCUGAGAAGAGAAAUAAUCUUUUUUGUGUGUGUGUGAGUAAAUGAGGGUUAAGUGACUUGCCCAGGGCCUCACACCUAGUAAGUGCCAAGUGUCAGAGGCUGGAUUUGAACUUAGUCCCUCCUGAAUCCAGGGCCAGUGUUUUAUCCACUGUGCCACCUAAAGGAAUAAUCUUUCAACGUGAAAGAACAUGAACAAAAAUGACUAAAGAGAAAUGGAUACCCAAGUAGAGAGACAGUGACAGAGUAUCUGGCUAUCUUUUAUUCAAUUUAAUUCAACAAAAAUUAAGUAGCUACUAUGUGCCAAAUAUUCUGCUAGGCUGAGGAAUACAAAGACAAAACCAAAAAGUACUUGCCUCAGGGAACUUAUAUUCUAUGGGCCUGGGGGUAGGGUGACAAAACAAAGGAAGAUAAGGACAUACAAAA